GCGACUUAAAGAAGUGCUAUGUAGUCUUUAUCAAAUACACAGCCUCAUGCUAGUUCAGUAGGUCAAGGAUCAGGAUUACCAUCGAGCUAAAACCAUGUUAGGGGAAGAUUAGUAAAGCAAGAUAAGAAAACACACAUCAAAAGAUCUUUAAAAUAUAUUAGAUAAGUGUUCAUGUAAGUGCUUGGUGAAGAGUCUUGGUCUUUAGUCAGCAUGGAGACGUUCUUUAAACCACCUGGGGGUGGACAGAGAAGAAUCCUGACGCAUGUCUUUCUUGUACCUUGAGAGAUAGCAGACCCAGUCAAGCCGUAUUAGAGGAUCAGAGGGAGUGAGGUGCAGUGUGGGGUCUGAUAAGUGCUUUAAGGUUAUAAAAUGUGGCAAAAGAUUCAGUGCUGUUUGACAUUUGCCAUCCUGCUGAUGGUGGCUUUGGCUGACCACAAUGAGGGCCACAAUCAUGCAGAACAUUCAGCAGAUCACCACGAAGAAGGCAAGUUAUGCCACAAACUCUCACCUGACACACUCAAUGCUGAAUUCGCCUUCGCCCUUUACCAUAAACUCUCCAGCCAUGCUGAUGCCAAGGGCAAGAACAUCUUCUUCUCUCCACUGAGUAUCUCCAUGGCUCUGUCCAUGCUGGCUCUGGGAGCCAAGGGGGAGACCCACUCAGAAAUCUUCAAUACUCUGGGUUACAGUUCCAUCACAGAGGAUCAGGUCAAUGAAGCCUAUGAGAAUCUGCUGCAAAUGCUGGACCACAACAAGGAGGCCAUGCUGCUGGAGACAGGAGGUGGUCUGGCUGUCCGAGAAGGCUUCAAACCUGUCGACAAGUUUCUGAAGGAUCUUCAGCACUUCUACCGUACAGAGGCCUUCAGUGUGGACUUUUCCAAACCUGAAGUUGCCGUCGAAGAGGUCAACAAGUUCAUCGCCAAGAAGACCAAGGACACCAUCACUGACAUGGUCAAGAGCCUGGAACCAGAAACCGUUAUGGUGCUCAUCAACUACAUUUACUUCAAAGGUAAAUGGGAGAAGCCUUUCGUAGCCGAGGCUACCCGCAAAGCCGACUUCCAUGUGGAUGAGAAUACGAAGGUCACUGUGGACAUGAUGAAGGCAAAGGAUGAUCAAUACAAUAUCUACAUAACCAAGAACAUCACCCUUAUCAAGUUGCUCUACUAUGGCAAUGCUUCCAUGGUGAUCAUUCUUCCCAGAGAGGGAAAAAUUGAGGAAAUGGAGAAACACAUUACCAACGAUCAUCUCAAGGACUGGCUAGGCAAAACUCGCCAGAGGUCUGUGGACCUUUAUAUGCCCAAGUUCUCCAUCUCUGCCUCUGCCUGUCUCGGGGACACUCUGAAGGAAAUGGGUAUUGUUGAUGCAUUCUCGGACAAGGCAGACUUCUCUGGGAUGAGUGAAGAGAUACCACUGAAGGUUUCCAAAGUUCUCCACAAGGCAAUCCUCAAUGUUGAUGAGAAAGGCACUGAAGCAGCUGGUACCACCACUGUAGAGAUAGUACAGAGGGCUAUGCCAUUACCCAUACAUAUUGACAGACCUUUCCUGGUCUUCAUCGUGGAAGAAGCUUCCAAGAGCAUCCUCUUCAUGGGCAAGAUAAUCAACCCUACUGAAUAAUAACAGCCGGCUGUAGCUGUUUCUAACCCACAGUCUAAUGAACCGGCUUCAUUUUUUUAUUUCAAAUUUAUCAGCACAUGCAUUUGGGUCUUGCUGUUACUUAUCAGUGAGCAGGUAAAUGUUCUGUAAGUUUAGAUUGGCACAGGAAAUUUGUUCAGCUGAAAUAACAUGCAAACAAUCAAAAAUAAAAAUGAAAAAGAAAAAUA